AAACCCAAGACAGCUGAAAACCAGAAGGCGUCUGAGGAGAAUGAGAUUACUCAGACGGGUGCAUGCAGCGCCAAGCCGGGCCUUCCCUGCCUGAACCUUGAAGCUGUUCCUUCUCUGAGCCCAACCCUCAUCCACUCUCCACAUUCACCAACAAACCUGCACGCACACACAGGGUCAUCUGAUUGUAACAUCAGUUGCAAGGGGAUGACAGAGCGCAUUCAUAGCAUCAACCUUCACAACUUCAGCAAUUCUGUGCUCGAGACCCUCAACGAGCAGCGCAACCGUGGCCACUUCUGUGACGUGACGGUCCGCAUCCACGGGAGCAUGCUGCGCGCCCACCGCUGCGUGCUGGCGGCUGGCAGCCCCUUCUUCCAGGACAAGCUGCUGCUGGGCUACAGCGACAUCGAGAUCCCCUCAGUGGUGUCAGUCCAGUCUGUGCAAAAGCUCAUUGACUUCAUGUACAGCGGGGUGCUGCGGGUCUCCCAGUCAGAGGCCCUCCAAAUCCUCACAGCCGCCAGCAUCCUGCAGAUCAAGACUGUGAUUGAUGAGUGCACAAGGAUUGUCUCACAAAAUGUGGGCGAUGUCUACCCAGUGAUUCAGGAUUCUGGCCAAGAGACGCCCAGGGGAACACCUGAAUCAGGCACCUCGGGGCAGAGCACUGACACGGAGUCUGGCUACCUGCAGAGCCAUUCACAGCACAGUGUGGACAGGAUCUAUUCAGCCCUCUAUGCCUGUUCCAUGCAAAAUGGCAGUGGGGAGCGCUCAUUUUACAGUGGAGCUGUGGUCAGCCACCAUGAGACAGCCCUGGGACUCCCCAGGGACCAUCACAUAGAAGACCCCAGCUGGAUUACCCGGAUCCAUGAACGGUCGCAGCAGAUGGAGCGGUACCUGUCCACCACUCCAGAGACCACACACUGCCGGAAGCAGCCCCGCCCUGUCCGAAUCCAAACCCUGAUGGGCAACAUCCAUAUUAAACAGGAGAUGGAGGAUGACUAUGACUACUACGGCCAACAGAGGGUGCAGAUCCUUGAGCGCAAUGAGUCUGAGGAAUGCACUGAGGACACUGACCAAGCAGAAGGCACUGAGAGCGAGCCCAAAGGGGAGAGUUUUGACUCGGGUGUCAGUUCCUCCAUUGGCACUGAGCCUGAUUCCAUGGAGCAGCAGUUUAUAGCUGGUCUGGGCCGGGAUGGGCAGCAAGAACCUACUCAAGCAGAUCAAAAUGAUGUCCCUGCUGAUGGCACUCAACCGCAGCAGCAGCAGCAACAUGUAGAUGCCAACUCUUCCUCACCAGAGAGAAGCAAUGACGUUGAAAUGGACAGCAAAGUGCUCACAGUCAAUAACAGCACCGAAAAGGGGGCUUUGCAGCCUUCUGUCAACACAUCUGUUGCCCAACCAUUGCCAACCACACAGAUCUACUUACGCCAGACAGAAACCCUCACCAGCAAUCUGAGGAUGCCACUGACUCUGACCAGCAACACUCAGGUCAUUGGCACAGCUGGCAACACCUACCUGCCUGCCCUUUUCACCACGCAGUCUGCUGGCAGUGGCCCUAAGCCUUUUCUCUUCAGCCUGCCCCAGCCUUUAGCUGGCCAACAGACACAGUUUGUGACAGUGUCCCAGCCCGGCCUGUCAACCUUUACUGCCCAGCUGCCAGCCCCGCAGCCCUUGGCCCCAUCUGCGGGCCACAGCACAGCGGGUGGGCAAGGCGAAAAAAAGCCUUACGAGUGCACUCUCUGUAACAAGACUUUCACCGCCAAACAGAACUACGUCAAGCACAUGUUUGUACACACAGGUGAGAAACCACACCAAUGCAGCAUCUGUUGGCGCUCCUUCUCUUUAAAGGAUUACCUAAUCAAACACAUGGUGACACACACUGGCGUGAGGGCCUACCAGUGCAGUAUCUGCAACAAGCGCUUCACCCAGAAGAGCUCCCUUAAUGUGCACAUGCGUCUCCACCGCGGGGAGAAGUCCUACGAGUGCUACAUCUGCAAGAAGAAGUUCUCCCACAAGACCCUGCUGGAGAGGCAUGUGGCUCUGCACAGUGCCACCAACGGCACGCCUGGAGCCGCCGGCACCGGCGCGAGGGCUGUCCCCGCCGGCGUGGUGGCCUGCACGGAGGGGACCACGUACGUCUGCUCUGUCUGUCCAGCUAAGUUUGACCAAAUUGAGCAUUUCAACGACCACAUGAGGAUGCAUGUGUCAGACGGAUAAGUAGAAUCUCUCUCUCUCUCUUUGUUAUGAACAACAAAAAUAGAAACAACAAAAAAAGCUAUGGCACUAGAAAUUAAGAAAUUAUUUUUGUUUCAUUUUUACCUUUAUUUUCCUCCUUUUUUUUGGGUUCAUUUCGUUUUGUUGUUUUUUGUACUACAUGAAGAACUGUUUUUUGCCUGCUGGUACAUUACAUUUCCGGAGGCUGGGUGAAUAAUAAUUUUCCCAGCCUCCCUCGGAUGGUGGCCUUAAGGCCAGGUAGUGCUUCAUGAGCUCCACUGGUUGGAUCUCUAGCUACUGGCCUCUAAAUACAACCCUUCUUUACUACAAAAAGCAAACAACAAAAAAAAAAAAAAACACAAAAAAAUUUUAAAAAACAGACAAAAAUAAUUUAAAAAAAUCUUUUUUCUCACUUGUGAAGAGCACUACAAAUAAAGAAACAAAACAAAAUAUAUUACAAAUCUACAAGGCCUACUGUCAUUAUAAGUACACCGCUUGCAGUGUUUCAAUGGACAUGAUUCACAUUGCUGACCGCUUUUGGACUUCACAGUAUCCAGUUAGAACUGUGGAAUAUUUUGCUUCUGGUUGAGCAGCAACCAGAGGAAACAAGGCCCUGCUGGUUUCCACCACGUGUCUGCUUUCGCACACACACACGCAUCCACAAACACACAGAAAGGGCUGAGGGGAAUGCAAGGCAGUGUGGCUUGGAUAGUGUGGAGUCCCUGCAGGAUGAGGAAAAAGAAUCAGAGGUUCCUCACCUGGAUUCUGCUCCAUGUCUCGCUGUCCAGCGCACCCUCCCUGCUGCUUUUCUCGUACCACCACCACCUUAUAGCAGAAACCAAGAAGAUUCAGACAACGAGCAACGGUGGCUUUUUUGUAAUUUAUUCAGUGUCUUCGCUGAGCACAGGGCCUCAGCACAAUCAAGAGGGACUUUCACAGAAGGCAAAGAGAAACACAGAGGAAAAUCAAAGAUAUCAGAGGUUGCAACCUAUGGAUCUAGGUACAAGAGAAGGGUUAGUUCCCACAAUCUUUGCAAAAAAAAAAAAGUUGCAUCAGGAUUUAUUCUUGUGGAAGAAAGAGGAAUAGAGGGUGGGAGGGGAGGGGAAUAAUAAUUAAAAAAAAAAGAGUUGUUGGGACUUUUUUAAUUCAAAAUUUUAUAGAGGGGCAAAAGUGACGUUUACCAGAUAGAAUGCUGAUUUUUUUAAUAUAUUUACAACAGUAUUUGUGUAAAAAAACAAAAAAAGUGAGAUUGUUAAAAGUAAUUUUUCUUUGUUUUCUCUUUUGUUUUGCAUACACUGCCACUAAUAUCUUCUCUUUUAUUAUAUAUAUGAAUAUAUAUAAAAAUAUAUAUUUUAUUUUAAAUUGAGACUGUUAAGGUUAGCUAACCUGCUUCCAGAUAGAGGGGGGGAGGGGAGAUGAUCUUGAUUUUUAUUUUAAAAAAGAGGAAGGAUGUUUUCUUUAUUUUCUUUUCUAGUAUUAUUCUCUCUGUUUUCUAAUGGAAUCAAGAAUUACCUGGGUCGAUGAGGGGCUCUGUGAAGUCAUCUGUGAGAUUAUCUACUAGUUUUGUGCAUCCUGCAAUAUCUUUUGAACUGCUACUUUGUUUUUUUGAAUUACAUGGUUCUCUUUUUGGCUCUUACCAAGCUUCUGUUGUUUCUUUUUUGGUUCCAUCUCAGAAUUUAUUUCUGCUGAAGGACGUUUCCUUUUGAGAAAGAGAUUUUUCUAGCAAUGUUCCCUUGUUUUUGGGGAUGAUAUAAACUGUAGUCUUUCUUCUUUGAAAAAGUAAUGAAAGUUUUGAAGUGUGUAAUAACUAGGAUUUCCCUUCUUUUUGGUCACUGGACAAGAAUUAAUCUGCUGUAUUGUUGUCUCAUCCCUGCCUUGCUCGCUAGAGAGCUUCCGUAUUUGUGUGGGAAUCGGAUCCUGCCCCCAGUAAUUUGUGCUGAUGCCAAAACAACUUAAAACGUUACCAUUGCAAAUAAUCUUCCCUUCAUUUGCAAAAAGUCUGACUGAAGGGCCACAUCCCACAUUCUCUGCAUAGACAAAGCUAUGAAAGGAAUGUAGGAUCAGUGUGAAAGAUUGAUUCCUGAUCUGCAUAUAUAUGUUAGUGUUUUGUAUUUUGUUUUAUUGUGUUUGGACUGAUGUUCUCCCUAGUUGUCUUCUGUGUAUCUGUGUACGAAUUUUUCCCCCAAAGCCAACUCCCAAAGUACAUGGGUCCUUAGUUCAGUUGGAUCAGUGUUUGACACUAUCUUUGUCUUGCUUGAAAUCCAUAUGAGGACUUACACCAACUGCACUCUGGACUUCAUAUUUUAGGCAGAGAAGAAGCACCUAACAAAAAUAUGCAAAAAGGAAAAAAAGAAAAAUUGCUAGUUUAGCUUUCAUUUGUGUCUAUAUUUAAAUUAAGCUUUCUUAAGUUUACAAAACUUUUUGCUUGUGAACACUGAGCAUUUCACGAGACAUUCUUUUAUGCUGGACAGCUUUCUGAGUAUUGACUUGGUAGAUCUCCAUAUACAAUUUUGCAUGUUCUUUACACCUGCGGCUUCUCUAUCAGAUGCCCGUGAUUCAGUACAGGUAACUUCAUCCAUAUGUUCUGUGCCUGUUCCAUUACCAUUUAUUUGUGGGAAAAAACCUGACAGGUGGUUCAGUCUCAGAAUCUUUCUGUACCCUGCAAGGUACUGUUCAGCAGAUCCUAAAUGCUGAAGCCCAGAUUCUUGGCUGCAAUAUGCAGCAUAGAGAGACCUUGAGGUGAGUGCCAGAGCAAUUCAAUCUUUUAUAAGGUAAUGUCUUUCUUUGUUGCCAACUUGUUUGGGUAGUUCAAGGAGCUGGAGAAGGAGCACAAGUUCAUUAACAAAUAUUGUUUUAAUAACCACACUGGUAAAAGCAACUCAAAGCAAUGUAAAUCAAGACAUGAAAAAACAAAGCCCAAGACACAGAGGGAGAACUGAUAUCUGCCAUUUAGACACACUAAAUCUAUACAGAAAAUAAGGUUCUGGAGACUAGAAUGCAGAAGAAAAUGAGGAAGGUGAACCUAGACAAAAGGAUGGAAAGUUCUUUUUCGGGGAAAGGAAGGUUUUUUCCUGAGAUCGUUUGUAUCAAAGAAUAAUCUCCCAUAUGAGGAACUAGUGAACAAUUUUACCCAACUUACAAAUAUGUAGCUGCUUAUUUGUCAUCUGAGGUUUGGAGAAAAGCUGUUUAAUUUGCCAUUGUAAACCUGGUGAACUGUAGUCAAGAUGUAGCAUAUUCUGGAAUAUACUUCUGAUACCAGAAGAGAUAUGCCAGUAAACAUGAAAUAAGAAUCAUGAUCUACGUCCACCAAAAUGCAAAUACUAUCCAAAUUUUAAUCCUUCAGUUUUCAUCCUUCCCUAAAUCAAAGCAUUAUCUUUGAAAUGCCAAUUUUUAUAAGUUCUAAUAAAUUUGAAGUGAAUUAAAGAUAAGUUGUGAAUGAAUGAAUGAAUGAAUGAAUGAAUGAAUGAAUGAAUGAAUGAAUGAUGCCAAUUAAAAAAAACAAUAAACAUAGUUCUUAAAGUAAAGCAAAGGCAUACUAACUGGAUUGAAUUCUGAAACACUUGUCAAAGAAUUUAGGCCUAGGUCUUCAGAAAUGACUGCCUGUAAUAUAAACUGAUUUUGUUGGACUUCCAGAUUCAAUCUUGUAAAACAUGGAGCAACUUGCUGCAUGCCUGCUAAUGUGGCUUAACGUGCUUGUCAGGUCAUUCUGAAUUUAGAAGCUCAAACAUAGCCCCCUUUAUCUUUUAAAGUGUUAGAUUCUCUUUGGCAGUUCUUCCUCCCAUCUUUGAAAUACUUAUUUGCUACUUGGAAACAACUAUAAUAUCUGAAUGUUACAGCUAUAUUCAAGCUUCAUAUAUUGCUACAAUAUGCCUUUGCAAAAGGAAUAGCAGUCACCGUGAUCUGGAAACUGCUGCUGACAAUGUUUGAGCGAAUCUCUCUCAAAGAGAGAAGCUUGAAAGGCUUCCUUCAAAACACCCAGGGAAAUGAUACAGAUGAGAAAAUGCAGACUGUCGCACACAUCCUUUUGUUGAAGCAUGCAAUAUCCUGCAUUCCUUGAGCUUGAUUCUCUCUUUUGCUAAAGCUCUCUAUAUUGCUUUGGUGAUGGAAAAGGCCAUUAAAUAGAACAUAAAUUCAAGCUUACAAGUCAAGGCCUCUCUGCAAGGCAUAAGUGCAAUAAAGGAAGCCUUAGAGUGAAUGAGAAGUGCCUUCUUGUACUGCUGCUGAGGCUGGUGAAGUGAAUUGGAAAUGUAGGACUGCCUAGAAGCAGAUCUCCCCUGUGGUCCAUCUCACCCAAUACUGCAUCUCUGCCAUGUGGCGAGUUAGAGAUGAUUUGAAUGAAGAUGAAAGACCAGUGUUGGAUUAUUACAAAGCAAUAAGCCUAAGGGAGAAGAUUUAUUAUAUAAUCCUCAUUAACUAUUUCUACAUAUAAAAUACAUAUAAAUACAAAUAAAACAUGUAUUUGCCUGCAACCUAAAGGCAUAAUAAUUCAUGGCUUUACCUUUUUAUCCCAUAUAAAAAUUAUGUACUGUGGCAAAUAAUUCUCAUUGUCCUUGAAAGAUCUAGCUUAUUCAUUUUUAGAUGGCCUCCAUGAUUUCCUGUGAAAGUGAGUUCCUCCUGUUAAUUACCACAUUGUUGAAAUUAUUGCCUUUCAAAUUUUUUUUGUUGUUCAUUAAAACACCCUUAUUCUUGUAUUAUAUGAAAUCACAAAUCAGAGAACCAAAAUUCAACUUCUCUUGCCUAUUUCAUUGAGAUCUGCCUCUCUCUGGGAAGCUGAAUCCACAAGGAAUGCAGGACCACAAGCUCGGUGUCUGCUGAAUAGCAAGGAGAGGGCAGCUCCUGAGCGUGUCCGUGUGUGUUUGGGGCAUGUGCAUUAGCAAGGUUCUCCUACAGUGAUCUCUUGCAGGGUACUGGCAGGAACAACUCAUAAAUAAUGGGAACCUAGCAGCACAGUAACUGCUCUGUAAAUUGUAAUAUGAUAUUUCAGUCUGGUCCCUCCUCUCAUAAAACCACAUUAAUAGUCUCUCUUAAUGGAAAUAGAUGUAGGUGUUUUGCAAGAACUGCUCUGAGGACACUUUCUCAAUAUCCAUCAUGCUUCUACUAGGCCCACUUCUGGCCCAUGCUGUUACUUUCAAAAACAGCUCAAGUUCCCAGUAAGGUAGAAGGGAAGAGUGGCAUUUAAUUGACUUUCUAAGUGAAUGAGACUUCCCUUUGCUCGAAGACCAAAGAACCCAAGUGGAGCCUGGGUUUUUCUUCUUUUGAUUUCUUUUUCAUCCAAAGGAGAGCUGAGUGUUAACCCACGUACCAUUAGCACCCCACUUCUUGUCAACCCCACUGACUGGGUUCAGUUGACCUUGAGGUACUUGAUUAAUGCUGGAUUACUGACAUGGUGGAGGAACUAGUCUCUUGCCUUUAGUGAGUAUUAUCCCAACAUCUCCUGUCUCCCGUAGUAAUGAAACAAGUCCCAUAGGGAGAAGGUACAAGACAUACUCUUUGUAGGGAUGUCGAGUCCAAUCCAAAAUCAGAAGCACCCAAAUAAUUUCAAACAUAAUCAGUAUGUCAUAGAUCUGUGACUCUCCUGACAGUCCUAUGCUAAGGAAAUCCUCCAGCUCUCACUCCUGAAAAUUGUUUGCUGCUCAAAAGGAAAAAAAUAGCACGAGCCUGGAAAAGAGAAGGGUCCAGGUAGACCAUCAAAAGCCUGACAAGACAGCUGGAGAGGGACCUUCCACAAGGGCAUGUAGUGGUAGAACUGGGAGGAAUGGCCUUAAGCUGGUGGAGUGUAGGUUUAGAUUAAAUAUUGGGAAGAAGUUCUUUAUGAUAAGGCUGGUGAGAUACUGAAACAGGUUGCCUAGAGAAGGUGUGGGCUGUAGGUGUUCAAGAUCGGGCUGGAUGGGGCUUUGAGUAACAUGGUCUAGUGGAAGGUCCCCUGCACAUGGCAGGGGGCUUGGAACUGGAUGAUCUUUAAAGAUCCUUACAAGCCAAACCAUUCUAUAAUUCUAUGAUAAUAUCAAAUUAGCACCUAGGGGUUGUUCUGCCAAGAAGGACUAUGACUUGAUAAUCAACCCUUUUAAUUAAGCAUCCAGGUCCUCUGAGCCAUUGGAAUAAACACAAUAGUAAAGAGUCAGCAGGUAGCCUAACUGAAGCAGUAUCUGAUUGGCCUGAAGCAAAACAGCUACUUUCACUUUCCCUGAUUUGUUCUUUUACUGGCUGUGAAAAUUCACGAAGGAGGUAUAAAGUCAUGAGAACUUGGCCCUGAGAGGUUUUGAGCCUCGUCUUCUCCCAGAAGGUUUGUUUUCAAUUGACCACUAAAUAAUCAGAAUUCUGCCGAAAAAAGGCUUAUGAGGGAAACUACAGAUAACACAUUAAGUCUGGAAUCUUGAAUUUGUAAAUGCAAUGAACACCUUUUCCAGCACUUGGCAAUCCUGCUGACAGAAACCAAAUGCAGGUAGAAAGACCUUGCAGAGGGGCAGGUGCUGAAAAUGCCAAGGGUCUGCAGCAUGGCCAGUAAGACAGGCAAGUGUAUAGAGGUGGCCUGGUGCUGGAUACACAUCCACAGGGGCUGGUUCUAGCCAUGCCAAGUCAGUGUUCUUGCUGCUGUUCACCUUAUUUUCAUGCAAGAAGUAAUAAGCUCUCAGCUGGUUUCCUUUAAAGCUACUCAGUGAUCCAGUUCAUUUCAGCCAGAGCAAAGAAGCCCCCGUAUUUUCACAGAUCACUAAGCUGGAAAAUAUAGAGAGCGUUUUAGGUAUAUGCAUAUUCUUCAAACUGACAAAAUAAAAAUGUGGGUUAUGCCUUCUCUAGCAAAAAACAGAGAAAUUUGGUCCACGAGGGACAGAACCUGUUUGAAACAGAGGAACACUUAACUCUCUUAGACCUAUUGUUAUAAGGCAACACAAGGGGGAAUCUUUGUCUUGUUUUUCUAAGAACAUAUGUAAAUGAGAAACAAGAUGUGUUAGGUAUUAGUGUGUAUCCAUCUAAUUAUUCCCAGUGCUGAUAACUAAUCAAUUAUAUUAGUGCCUCUAAGAGUAGAGAAAAUAUUAUGCUUUCAUUGUUGUUAUUUCUGCUCCCCCUCAGCUAUAGAUCAGGAGUACCUAAGGUGGAAAGAGCUACACAAAUGAGAAAUUUUGGUGAACAAAAGCAUUAUUUCCCUGUGUAGGUGUGCCAGUAUCUGGACAAAUGUCCUCUCUGAGUUAGAAAGGAUAUCUAACUGUAGAUAGGAUACUGUUAGAUAAUUUUAAUUUUAAAAUUAUGCUUCUAGUGAAAAAAAAUGCAAAGUUAAAUAUUAAUCAAUAUUUUUUCAUUAUAUAUUUAGCAGUGUUGCUGAUCAUUUUGUAUUUUAGCCUCUGCAGUAGCAUUUGACUCACAAGCAUUAAGAGAGAGUUCAAGACAGGAGAAGCAGAGAUUACUGAUGUACUGUGAAGAAGAUUGAAAAGUAAAUUGAACCCGUGUGCUUUAAUUCGCUAUUCAUGCUGCAACUAAUGUGCUUUAAUUCGCUAUUCAUGCUGCAACUAAAUUCAACUAAAGAGUUUCCAGGUUUAUUUUAAAAUAAAAGAAGACAAAUAUAGUCUACACAUCCUUCUAGCAAAGUCAUAUCAGGAGAAAAGUAAAUCAUGGUUUUUAAAUGCCAAUUUCCCCUAGAAUUGUUCAUUAAUAGCUUUUAAAAUAAAAGAGGCCAGUUCAAGAUAAGCAGAACUCUAAUGUUUUAACACAGUUAUUCACGUUACACAUGAUCAUAGUUUCCACUACCACCUGAACUUCACUGACUUUCCCCAAAGUCAGUGAACUGAGAUUUUUGUGCGCAGCCACAUAUGCCCAAAGACACUCUUCAUGUUUCCCAUAGGAAAAGGAGAGUAGCACUGAGGUAAGCAAACCAAUCACAGAAUCAUAGAAUCAUUAAUGUUGGAAAAGGUCUCUGAGAUCAUCGAGUCCAAUCAUUAACCCAGCUCUGCUAAGCCCACCACUCAACCAUGUCCCCAAGUGCCAAAUCCACACCUGUUUUGAGCACUUCCAGGGCAGUGUUUCCACCACUUCCCUGGGCAGCCUGUUCCAAUUUUUCUUCCCUUUUAGUAAAAAAAAUUUUCCUAAUAUCUAACCUGAUCUUCCCCUGGUACAACUUCUGGCCACAUCCUCUCAUCCUGUCACUUGUUAGCUGGGAGAAGAGCCUGAUUCCCACCAGGCUACAAUCUCGUUUCAGGUAGUUUUAGAGAGUUCCCCUUUAAUCCCCUUUUUCCCAGAUCCCUCUGUAGAACCUCCUAAAUACUUUCUUAGCUGUAUUUUAACACCCCAAUUUACACAUUUUUCCUCAACUAUUUUUCAAAAAGCAACAUUAAGAUACUUCCUUGGGAAGUAAAUACACUACAACCUUGAAUACACUACAGCCUCACAGACAAUUGCUUUAAAACAGAAAUACAUCUAAGCAGUAUGCAGUGUGUUUAUGUUUGGUAUCUGUAGCAAAGUUUCAUCUAAAAUGUUCCCUUCUUACAAAAAAUAUCAUGUUUUCCUCUUUGAAAGGGUAGGGAAGAAGGAAUGUUAGUGAGGCAUAGUGAUCUCUUCAUAUUGGAUGGUGUUUUUCUGCUGUUUCUUACUUUGUUAUACUUCCAAUUUUGUUCCUCUUCCAAAGUGAUUUCUUUUUGAUUGGUUGGUUGGCAUCAGCUCCCUAUAAAACACUGGAGAGUAAAUGUUCUUUCUAAAUCAAAUUAAUAAUAUGGGGGCACGGCUAUGUGAUUUGACUCUAGCUUCUCCAGUGCCAGUGAAAUUCAUGAAAGAAAAUCCAGUGAAAAGCUACUUUCAAGGGACAAAUUCUGUUCUAAAUUUCCAUCAGCGCAACCCGUAUUGGCACUUUUGGGAUUCCAUGCAUGUCACUGCAGAUAAAUACAGCCCCUUUGGAUAGUUUAGCUGUGAUAUCUUUUAAGAAAAGCAUAUUCUAAAAAUAUCCUUUGCUACAGCAGUACCAUUACACAAACAAACGAACUACCAAUAUCCCAUCAUAUGUGAGAACUUCUACCUAGUUCAGCCCAAAGGGGCAUUUAUUUUUGUUUUCACUCCUCAUGCAAACUUUCUUAGCACUUGAGCCCUCUCUGAGCUGCAACCACCACCGGCAUCCCUCAUAAAUUCUCUCUGUCACAUUGGGCUCAGGUAUUACAGUACCCCAUAUGCUUUCAUGAGUUCCCCACUGGAGCCUUUCCUGCUGGAAAAUCUGGUACCAGUGUAACAAAGCAUUGCUUACUUUAGGUAUUUUCCAGACAGAACUGCAGACUUCUACAGUGUUCAGUGUUUCUACUGUUGACUUAUUGGUGAUUUUUUUGCCAAGUUCACAGUGGCACUCAAGGAAUGUGCAGAGCUCAGUUAGGUACUUGUUGUGUUCACCUGUCUGAUUCUGCAGUGUCCUGUUCCUACAAAACAGGCAGGUAUCUUUCUGAGAUUUUUUUCCUACAAACUGGACAGAUACCUUUCUGAGAUCUAGAUAUUAAAUAGGCACCUUUUCUAUUUCAUUUUGCUUCUUCUCUUUUUGCCACCUGGAUAUUGCCAUAUUCUUCAUUAAACCACAUAAAGCCCCCUAGAAGUUCAGCCCUCAUGUUGAAUAUAUACUUGAUUAGAGAGUAUCAUCACAUUCAAGAAACAGGAUUACAUUUACCCAACUGCCCAGCUUUCUUUUAAUUUUUCCCAUUUAGUCCUUUACUUUCAUUUGUCUUGUAGGCUGUUGGUACCUAUGGGAUCUUUGAGUAAAAUCACAUUAUAUUGCCUGCGUGUGUGUGUGUGUGUGCGUGCAGUUGUAUGAGCGUGCAUGUGGAUGUGUGCAUGUGCAGGGACAGCCAGUUACCUGUUCCUGCCUUUACAUACUGGCUGCUAAUUGAGUGUGUGGACAUGCAUGGUUUUGAUGCAGGGAAGGCUUUAGAUGAAACAAGGAUUACAGCAUUAACUCUGGAGCAUUGGCAGGUGACUAAUGAAAAGCAGGUAUACUACUCAUACACUAUAUAUGCACAUGUAUAUUCAUAAAAAGCAGUCCGUUAACCAGAUGCUCUUUGCUGGAUGUUUGCCCAAAUUAGAUGUUUGCCCUCAUUAAAAAUGUGACACCCAAAUUUGGUCCAGGAUAUUUUUGUGAGUAUCCAUUCCGAAGGGAAGGCUGAAGUGUGCCUCACAGGGCCUUAUGUGGUCUUUCAGCCACAAAAUAAAUAAAACAGUCCAUCUCAGCAGGCUUCACUAGCAGAGAGAGGCAUCCAUGGGGGAUGACAGUCCUGGAACAAUACUGUUGAGUUCAGUCACUUGUUUCCAUUGAAUUUCAACAUGUCUACCUUGCAAAGGAAUAAAAUCCAAGCAAAAUAACCUGCCUGUUUGCUCCCUUAAAAUAACAGUAAAAAAUUAUCAAGCCUUUAAUUAGUUAGCAGCACAAUAUAUUGAUAGACUCUAAAAUACUCCAGGUCUGGAGUCUCUAGUUUCCAAAACACCAUGUCAAACAGCUCUUUCCCCACCUCAGGUACUCUGAAACAUACUGAUUGAGUAAUCCAUUCCAAAUGUGCAAUCGCUAACAAAUAGCAAGUAAUGUUCUCUGCCUUGGUCUUUGCCAAAAUCUUUUCAGGAUCAUGGUUAGUGUGUCUAGAAGAUUAGCAGAUAUUCAGGAGGAGGAGAAAUUGGUCAGUAAGAUUAUUCAGUAUGUAAUCCAUGAGAGCUGCAGGAUUUCUAGAACCCAUUUUGCACCCAUUUAGUUAGUGGGAUGAAUAUGUUUAACUACAGCUGCCUAUUUUGGUAUCAUGCUAGCCCUGAAAGCAGCAUUUUAUUCUUUUAAGUCUUUUGCCUGACUAGGGGAUUUUCCUUGUUCCAGAAAGGGUAAUUAAAGAUUUAGUAGGAUACCUUUUUUUCUUUCAUUUUCAGUCAUAAAAAUGUGAGUAAAUAUUCUUCUCAGAUUGGUGGCAUAUCCCUUCCCCUUUUGAAUAAGACUUUAAUGCAACAGUUUUGGCUGGUUGAUUUUUGGGUGAGAUUUUUAUUUUGGUUUGGGGUUUUCCUUUGGUUAAAUGUACAUUGUCUCUCUAUAGUCAAAAUGUCUGUGAUUGUAACAGUAUGUAUUUCUUUUACUGGAGAAAAUAGACUUUUUGGUUUUUGUUAACAGUACUAGUGACUUUGUGGAAAAUGACAAGUUGCUAUUUAGAUCUGCUUAGUUAAGUACAGUACACUACAAUACAGUAUUUCUGAAAGCUAGAACAUACAGUACACAAUAUAUAUAGCAAUUCUAUAUCAAUAUAUAUACAUAGUAUAAUCAUUUAACUUUUGCAUCUGCCUACAAUCAUAGAAAAAUAAUUUUUCACAUGUAUCAUUCACAACCCAAUCAACUGCUGCAUCUAUUUGGAGCAUUUACCAAUAAUUAUUACAGCUCUAUUGUGCUUUUUCAUAUUAUUAGCUUCUUUAUUGUCUUCACAAGCAUUUUUUCAGGCUUUUUUAAAAUCUCUAUGUAGUAAGAUGUAGAAAACUUUUUUUUUUAAGAAAAGGUAAAACAGUAUUAGGCUCUACAAAAAAUUAGAGAUUGUUCCCUGCUAUCCUUUCAUAUCAAAAGAACAAUUAAUCAAGACAAAUAUCUAUUAGCUCUCUUCCUAAGAUGUCCUGUUAUUUCAUUUCUAAAAGUGUAUGUCAGACUUUUCCUCUUCCAUUCCUAGCCUUGGAGAAAGAUGCCGAAAGUGGUCUCUCACUCCUUCCAAAUCCUGUUUCUUUAAAGUUUUAAGAUUUCCUAAAAUUCUCCUCUGCACUAGGGUGAGGUAGAAGAAACAUUGUUCUCUGUAUAGUUACAAAGAAUGUGGCCAGGGAUUGAACAAGAAAUACCUCCAUCCAUGACUAUUAAUAUAUUCCAAUUAUUCCAAUAUAUUCCAAUCCUUAUUUAUCCACUUGAUCACCCCUUUUUCAAAUGAAAACAACCUCUGAAAGUUUUAGUUUCAAUUCAUAAGUUCUUCUAGAUGAAUGUUCCCUUUACCAUCUUCAUAGUACAAUCCUGUUGGUUUUGAAUUUUGGGUCACUCCCACUGGACUUCAAUUGUCACCACGGAACUGCUGAAAAAGAUGUCACUAGGGAUAUGUCAACGUCUAGAUCCAAAAGCCCAGAAACAGCUGAUUGACACCAAAGCCUCAUGAGUUUGGGUGUCCUUUCUGUAUUCUCACCUUGCAACAGAUGGCUCAGGCAGCAAGCCUUGGUUCAAAAUUAGUAAGAGUGCCAACUUAUUAGAGUAUGGAAAUUUAUGUUGGCUUUUCUAUAUAUCAGGAAUAUCUAAUUUGGUUGAUGUUUAUUCUUUGGUGGAUAACAUAUCACUCCUAAAUGAAACCAUUUAAAAUCAAGUGGAUGGGGGUUGUGGAGGAGGUAUUAAUUUUGUCUCAUUUCUCCUAACUGUGAAGACUGGAAGAAAUGAGAGAUGGUCACGUCAGUUACAAACCAUUUUCACUGAGAAUGAGCAAAUCUGUGUCACUGCAAAUCAAUAAAGUUUUUUUGGAGUAAGAAGAGAGGGAAAGAGUUACCUAUGCCACAGCUUGGGAUAUUAAAAUGAGAACUUCAAGAAUGGGAAUUAUCAAGUGCCGGCAUUCCUAACAGUCUCCUGUCAUCUGCCAUUUGCACGUACGUGGAGGCCACUACCACAUUCUUUUUCUUUCUACUUACAGUUUAAAAGUUAUGGUCUUCCAGCAGUGAUUUCUGAGUCUGGCUUUCCUUCACUCUGUGUAUACCCAUUUGUAAGGGAAGGAGGAGACUAUCCUCUCAAUAUUAGUUACACAAGUAACAGAACUAGAUUAUUUCGUGAAGGAUGGGCUUUGUCCCAUUAAGCCAAAUAGGUGCCAUUUCCCAAAUUAAUUCCAGUUAGCUGCUGCAACAGAAUGCUGAUUCAGUGGUCCACAUUUUCUGACCAUGCUCUUUGCUUUUCCUUUGACUGAAUGCUGAAUCAUACAUAUUUUUGUAGAGAGUGUUCUCACUUGAGUGAGAAUACCAGAUCAUUUAAAUGGCUACAUACCCAUUCCACACUUGCCCUGCUAAUCCUUUGUAAGGUUCAGUAAUUCAUUUAGCACAAAAUACUAGUUUAAUGUGUUUCUUGAUUUAAUUUCUUUGUUGCCUUUUAUUUUUCCUAAUGCUUUUUUAAACACCUCAAUUCAUUUUGCAUGUUAUACAGUUUACAGUUUAUAUUUUUAGGCUAAGAAGUGGUUUUACAAACAGGAUGGUACCAAACAGGUAGAUUAUCCACACUAGAGAUUGUACUUUUAGAACGCAGUGUGUACAGAUACAAUUGCCUAAGGGAAAGUGAAACUAACAAAUAAUCAGCUGGUGAACACUAUUUUAACAUAUCUUCUACAUAAAAGACAGUCAGUCAUUUGUGAUUCCAGAAAUCUUGCUUUUUUUGAACAUGUAUCCUUUCUUUUUUGUUCUCUGAAGAAAUACUCAUCUUGAGAAUUGUGAUGUUUUAAGAAACUCAUUUCAUAUGUGCAUAUUUUCUGCUUUUCUAAGGAGAGAGAAAACAGGAGGUGAUAUCAAUUUUACAGUUCUAAAGAUUCUUGCAUUGGCGACUUUCCUUGAAUGAUAUUAACAUCAAGGGAAGACAGUCCAAAUAUUAGCUUUAUUCUAGGAUGUGGUUUUCAUUAUUACUUUCAUUUUCCAUCUCCUUGUUGACCAAGUGGACUUCCAGGGCUAAUGCAAGCAAUGGUCUCACGUUUCAGUGGUCAGCAGCAUUUAUAUUCAGCUCCUUUUUGCACUUCUUUUGUGUUUUGUUCAGCUUCUGAGGAACACAACAGUUGAAGUAGGUAACACUGUUACCACAAGAGGGAGAGCCUUGUACAAGAGAAUGUUACUCUGUGCUACUGUGCUGGUACAGAAAGGGAUUUUAAAGCUCUUUGCUGCAAAGUUAAAUAAGAGGAGAGUCCCCCACUUUGGGGAUGUUUGCACCAAAGACAGGGGGCCUCCCAGGAGAGGGAGAUGCUUGAACUCCAUACAAGGGACUUGCUCUUCACCUGUUCCACUUAGAGGAAAAGACUGAAUCUCCAGUAUCUGCUGCUGCUCUUUUUUUUUUCUUCUUAAGUAUGAAUAACUUGUAAACAAUUUAUAGUUCCUAUUUAUUGGUGAAAGAAGUGUCACCACAUUUAUUGGAGUCAGAACUAUUUCUUCACAAGUAGCUUCACAAAUAUCUUCAUUGUCUGUCGGGGUGUCCUGUUGCUUUUGUCCUAAUGCCAGGAUGUAGCUUGGACUGCUGUGAAACUCACGGGAGUCCUUUAAAUCUGGAAUUUAUUCCCAAUUUUGUAUGUUCUGAACAAUCAGUUCCCUAGAUCCUUGCUCCAAAGUUCAGGUUCAAAGAAAUUCUCCCAAUGAGUUAAAAUGGAAAAUUGCUGAUUUCCCAUUGCCUCCACCAAUAAUGAGCUUCUGUUUGUAAAACAUAAUAAAAAAAGCUGCUCAGUUCAGGCAGGACAUACUGCAUGACUUUGCUUGCCAGCAGUGAGGUCCAUGGUUAAUCCUGAAAACUGAUUGGACCAAUAAUCUGUGGGCCAAAUUCUGCAGGCAGGACUCGCAUGCCCUUUUGUUGACUUGAGUCCAUUUUCUGUGAUAGAGAAAGCAUAUGUCCUCCUACAGAAAGCUGUAGUCCUGGAAAAUAGUUUCAUGUACAUUAUUUAAGAUGCCACAGAACUGUUCCCCAUAAUUUAGCCUGUUUCUGCCCAAAGUUUUUACUACUCAUAAAACUGACUCAAGAUUUGAUUUCACUCUACCAGGCAGAUUUUGCCUGUGUUGAGGGCUGUGUGAUUACAUAGUCUCAUAUUCUCUCCUUCUCACUGAGAGACUUAAUUAAAAAAUGUCCUACAGAGCGUGACAGUUGCUUGCCUUUAUACAAGGCUUGGAACUUGCUUUUUUCAUAGAGUCCUAAGUAGCUUUGAAUCUUUCUUUGGGUUUGAUUGAUGAUUAUAUGUUUAUUUUAAGUAAUCAAAUAGUGAGCCACAACAGGUAGUGUAUAUACAUGAUUCAUAGCAAUCCCUUUUCCCUAAUUUACACCCUUGAUGUGUCACUUUUGAAUUGCCAAAACAGUGUAAAAGCAUUUGGGUAUUGGAUAUUUGGAGUUGAUUCCAGGUUUCUGACUGCUUCACCCAGAAUUGCUCUGGCCACACAUUUGCUGUUAUGGUAGCCACAUAUUUAUGUGGGUAAAGUAAAUUUGUUUCUUUAUAAUAUCUGAUUAUGUAACUGCAAAUUCAGGCUAUACAUCAAACUCUUUUGGUACACUUUUUAAAAGUGCUACUGCAUUUGGUGUGCAGGAGGAUAGACAGCAUGAACAGCAUUUCAGCAAAAAGGUAGGACCCCCGUGAAGUACAUGCAGCUGAACAGCAAAAAACCUCAUUGCUGCUGAUUAUUGUGGCUAAAUUGAAGUUUGUAGGCUUUACAGAACAGCUGGCAAGUGUUAUUCAUUUUUUGUCCCAUGUAUGCUCAGGCAUGUGUUGCAUCACUGUAGCUCUACACCCAGAGACAGUGGGUUUAGGUGCUGUCCCUUUGCAAUGCCUAGUGAUUCCAUUAUGUGCUCUUUAUUUUUCAUUAUAGGCUCAUUGGUAAAGAUAAACAACAAAAGUCCUUGCAGUCUGGCAUUUUUAAGGUUUAGAGGUAGAUAUUCAGGAUGCCUCCACCCCUAUUUAGAUUCUUUUUCUUAGGUUAUUUCCUUGUUUCUAUGCAUGGGGAUGAAACAGUGCACUUGCCUGGAGGGAAGGAUGCAGUAUCUUUGCAAGAAAAAGAAAAUUGAGAAAAUUGCUUCUUGGUUGUAAUUUGGUAUAUCUGUUGGUAUCUGCUUUUGUUUACAUUCUGGGGUGGGCUGCCAUCUUCAACAAGGGCCUGGGAGCGAGGGAAGAGGCAGAAGGUAAGAGGAAGCAUGUGCUUGAGCCCAAGUGAAGCAGCAUGCAGUAUUCCUUUAUAUACUGAGCAAUUACAAUGAGAUUAGUACAGCAGCAGCAGCAUUGCCCUGUUGUGUUCCAUUUUCCAUACAUUUCCUUUUCUUGCUCCUCCUUCUCUGUUAUGGCCUCUUACACUGUUUUAAUGGCUCCCCACACCCCUUUCCUGUAAUUACAAGGGUUUGAUUGAGGCUCUUGUGGGUGUCCAAAUUGAAGUUAUAACCUCCAAACUGGUGAAUACCCCAAAGUCUUUGCUGUGUUUUCCCAAGUGAUGUCCUUACGAGUGGCAAGCCCUGGCAUAUGGUUUGUUGAUUUUUUUUUUUGUUAAAAGAGAUAGAUAGGCUAGGGGAGGUGUGAUCUGACUGGGAUUCAGUAACCUGCUUGCCUUUGUAAUUAGUGAGCUUUAUUUUGAUUUCCUUUUAAGUUUUCAUUUUGAAGUACCUAAGAGCUUAUAUGCCUGUCAUUAAAACUCCUGGUUUUCCCACCAUAGCCCUAGAUGGGCUGUGAAAAAAAAACUUUUUAUAUAUAUCCCCAAAUAUUUGCAGGAUGGUGUAGGGAGUUGUUCAUUUACGUGUGUGCCUACAUGAGCAGAAGAAAACUGAAGUUAGUGUUGCUCUGUCCAAUUGUUUUAGGGUGGCCAAAGAGAGCUGCCACUUUGAAAAGUUGAUUGCACUACAGAACCCUAGCUUGGGCACUGUUAAAAUAGGGACUGUAUAUUUGGAACAGGGAAGUGCUUUCAUUUUUCUUAUCCACACACAUGCCCUUUGCAAGAUGUACCCUUGCAAAGUUUGCAUCAGACAACUCUGUGUAAAACCACUACUGACCUUUUUUUGCUGUAUCCAUUUGGUUCUCUCUCCUUUCUGCAGCCCCCAAACAAUGGCUUGUCUCCUUUCUGAUUUCUGUCAAUUGACUUUGGUUUUGAUAAAUGUCCUAUCUGUUAAUGAGAUCUCCACAUUGACUGGGAGGAGAGAAAAAAAGGCAUGUGAAAGUGUGGCUGGGAGACUGCAAAUUCCCCUUUGUUUAGGGGCAUUCAUAUACUAGCUGUUUUCUUGGGGGCUGGGUGGGGUGGGGAGGGAGUUUGCGCUUUUUUGGUCUGGAUAAGGCUUUUUAUUUUUGCACUAAGUAUGACUGCACUGCACUGCAUUGCACUACUGAAAUGUAUUUACAUGUGGUGGGAUUGGAAGGGGCCAAUUAAGCAGGAAGGGAGGAAAGAAAGGGAUAGGCACAGAAAACAGGAUGUACCAUAAACCUGACCGGGUUGAAAGAGAAGUGAGGUUACCUGAAUUUUAAGCAACUAGUCAGACACUGAGACAGCUGUAUUGGAUACCUUCUGUUAAAAUAAAUUUAAAAAGCACUAUAAUAGAAACUGAAGAGGCAUCAUGAGUUUCUUGGUGCAACAGAUCUUUUCUCCCCUUUUUAUAGAGAGUGUUGUUUGGAGCUGAGAGAAAGUUAAGAGAACUGCUCAUUGUGUAACUUGCGUAAGGCUUCACCAUAAAGACACAAAUUCCCAGUUCCAAUGUCAAAACUGUGUGGUUGGAUAGAAUCUCUUCCAGAGGUUUGACUAUGAUUAGUAUCCCUUCAGGAAAAGCAGGAUCUCUCAGCUCAAGAAGUGAAGUCUCAAAGCAGACUUUACCAAAGGGGAAGGUCACUGAAAUAAAGCAUGUCUUUCUGAGGCUGUUAUGGGAACAGUGCAAUAAACAGUCAUUCUGAACACUCAAUUACAGGUGUUCCACUCAAGCCUUUGGGGUAGAGGAAGCAGGAGGGACAUUUGGGUAAAAAAAAUGUGGUGUGGAAUUCAGUACAUACAGAAAUACUCCUGCUUAGACAAAGGUGCUGUCUAGCAUUUUAAGUUCUUCUCUCUGAUUUCUCUCCUUAAACAGAUAGUCUAGCAUUGUGAAGGCUUUCAGCUGGAACCAAAUAGAAUCCUAAAUUGGAAAGUAUUUUUACAGUCAAGAUGCAUGUUGGCUUAUGCCUUGGUCAUUAAUUUUGUAACAAGCAUACUAUGAGAAAAAUGAAAACAGUAGCAAUGUGCAGCAAGAUCCAUCUCUGCUAUAGCUCUUUGUGAUCUAUGAACUCUCAAAAAUUUGUGUUGAAUCUCUUCAGUAAGACUAUAAUUGCAACUUUAGCCAGACGGUAAAACAGGAUCCUGAAAAACAUUCUCUAGAGAAACUGGGAGAAGAAUGUAAAACAUGAGUUCAUCUGCUUUGGUCCUGUAGUGGAGGGAUCACCUGCCUAAUGUACCACGGGGUUUCAAGGACAAAAAAGGGGAUUACUAAGAAAAGAAUUACUAAGAAAAGGCUAGAGUAAUUGGGGGACUAGAAAUCUAUUAAUGCCCCGAAUUUCAAGUUAGACUUGAAACUAAGGUAUUUUGGCUUCAUUGGUACCAAGACACAGGUAGUACAGACCUCUCACAGAGUGCACAGUGCAAAGCAGAUUGCUGCUGCUCAGUCUCUUCGGCUGCCUCCUUUGACAAAAGUGUCAAGAACUAGAGAAGGAGUGGUAUGCAAGGGGCAGGUGUUGGGUGGGAAGGAACAAGUCUGGAACAAGGAGAGACUUUGGAGUUAAGGAUGUGUUGUUCUGGUGAGCUUUGAGAUUUCCACUCUUAGAUUCCAGCCAUCCUGGCUUGAAAGGACUGGAAGAGAAGGACUGGAGAUAUGCCCUGAUGUACUGUUAGAUUAACUACUGAAUGACUCUUCCCUUGAAAGCAAGUGGGACAGUAGAACAUGCAGCCUGUUUCUUUGCCAUCUGCAGGAACCCUCUAAGAUGAAAGCCACUGGAAGGUCAACUUCCAGUAAUGAGUCAAUGGAUGCCCAACAAAAGCACAGUUCAUUUGAGAGCUAGCAUAAUACAGAGGCAGGAGAGCACCUUUAUUUUGUAAAGUGGCAUUUGCUUCCAUCAGAGUAGUGGCAGCUACAGGGCUGUUAUACAGGAGGAAAUUAAGUCUGUCUGAUGAAGUUAAUUCAUGUAAUGAGCCAAUACUCCUGGUUUUUGCUUAGGUAAGUUUUUCUUUGCUUCCUUGUUUAAGGCAGAUGCAUUUAUUGCUACUGUCAGAGUAGAUUUGCAUUGUCAAAGAGGAAUAGUGGACUGCUCCAAAAAGAAAAAGUGAAGCUGAGGGUUUACUGAGCCUGCUGUGUCCAGAGUGCCUUUCCUGCUGUGGUAAAAUAAAGAACUUCUGUAGGUUGAGCUGUUCUGGCUGACUGAUUGCUGCAUAUUCCUCCCUUGUGGUCUGACCUGAUGUCAACCAUAUUUGGACAAGGAGAGGAACACUGCAUGUUUGCAAUGCUGUGAUAAGAUGCCAUUUGCACUAGUUUUUUAAAAGUACUGCAACCUGAAGAAGUGGGCUUUGAGCCAUGCUCCAAAUCUGGAUUUGAAUUCAGCCUGUUUAAACCAGAUUCCAGCUGACUCAGUUUCAACAGAACUGUCUAGUCCAUGUAAACAGGAACCAAACCAUUUUUAAAAAGGCAAAUUCUAGCUUAUGUUCCUACUCGGUUACAGUGCUCAACCACACCAGUUCCUGGGCAAAGUGUGAUUGUAUAGUUUCAACGGCUUUUAAGAAAGUUGUUCCUUUUUACAUGGUCAGUUUGAAACUAGUGUAACUGGAACUACAUUUAAAAAAGCACAAACUCUUUUUGUUUUUUCAGCAUGGUACUAUAGCCCCAUGUAGACAGUGCUUGACUGAGAAACCAAGGAUAACUUGAGGUUUAUUUUAAGAAGCCAAAACAUAUGUUGCUGACUAGAGAUGCCGCAUAACUUAAUGCCCUAUUUUUCUCCAGAUGGAGAAACACUAACUUCUGUAAUUCUUCUCCAUUUGUCAUCCUACUUCAUUGUUGCACCGUUUGCCCAAAAUGAAAAUUCCUUUGGCCAGUGGGCGAGAUCCAAAACAGAACUUUCCUGUACUGUUUGAUCGUCUUGUUUCUGUAUGUUCCUUUCCUCAACAUUGACAAGCGCUACUGAGGAUCAGCUUGAGUUUUUGCUGGGAUGUGGCAUAGUUACGGUUCAAGAAAAUGCUAGUGAUAUUUUCAGCAUUAUAGUAAUUUCAGAGCUUACCCGUGAGGAAAAUGUUACAUUUCAGAAGUUCCACAGGAAAAAGAAAAUGCCAGGAUUCACGAUGGAGCUUCAGCCACAGUGCUGUAGCCAAAUUGGUAGGGAAUGCAUUUUUGGUGACUGGAGAUGCUGACAUUUACAAAAGUAAUUCAAAAGCAGCAGAGAAUGUAUGCUUUCUCAUCCCUGCUGAACUAAGAGAAUUUAUACUAAUGGAAUGAUCCCAGGGUAACCUGUCAGUGUUCAUCACUUUUCCGCUAACGGAGGAGGCUAAGCAACUGUCACAUCACCUUAUACAGUCUGAGUUUGCUCCAGAUCUGCUCCCCAGUGCCCUGCCAUCCAUGUGCCCUCUCUCACUGAUCCUGGCAUCCCACUGGCUGAGGAUUUGUCACAUCAGCCAAGGUGACCAAGAGAUACACUUGGCCUCACCUAGGAGCUUUCUACCUUUUCUUUUCCUUUUUGUUUUCUAUCAAACUAGGUGUGCAUUUAGUGGUGAAGUAGAUGUCAGGUUAGCUGUUGUUCCAAAUGACAGAAAUGGCAAAGCCACAUGACAACUGAGCUACGGUUGUCCUCAAGGAUAUUGGUAAAGGUGAAAGACCAGGCUCUAGUUGGUGGUGUAGUUGUAAACCUACAUCUUCUGCUGCUUGCCCCUCCAAACUUGUUUUGGUCAGCUAUGCUGUUGCCCUCAAAUAUGCUUUGUGUGUGAAAAACUGAAUGCAGUUGUUCUGUUGUCUGUCUUCUUCCUUCUGCAUCAUGGAUGUGGCACCAACUUACUCUCACAACAAGCUUGAGUUUUGUUUUGCUGUUGUAAUUAACAUGUAAUUCUACUGUAGACCAAAAAAUAUGAAAAGAAAAAAAAACAGUUUCAAGACAUAAAAUACCAGUGAGUGAAAGGUGAAAAAUUUAGGAAGUGAAGGUGUGAGAGAAGCAGUGGUUAACUGUGUUAAGUUAGAAAUCUCAGAAUAGCCUUACGUAUUUCUUAACCAAUGCUUACCAAUCAUCCAGUAGUGGGGUUAGAUAGCUUUCUUGGCUCAUUCGUACCUGUAUCCUAAUAUAUAUAUAUAUAAAUAAUUUUUAAAAUUUUUGUUUCUUUGGUAUUGCUGUUGCACAUCAUGUUGUCUUUUAUAAUGCCUGAUUUUUAUUGUAUUGUACUUUAUCGGUCUGUUUUGGUUUUGUUUCCUUUUGAAGGAUGGGAAAAGUAAUGUUUCCUUUUUGUUUUGAAUUUAUAAGAAAAAAAUGCACUGGAAGUAAACACAAACAUAUUUUGCCAUUUUAAAAAAGGAAAACACACAGCCACGCAGUGGAAAAGGCUAAGAAAAAGCUCCCCUCUUCCUUCUUGUGAUGGAAGCAUCCUUUAAAAAAUAUGCUAGAAAGAAAACUAUCUCAAACAGAAGAAGAGAGAAGCCUUUUUGUUCCUAGCUCUGCCAUCUGGAGUAUUUUAUCACAGUGUUCUGCAGGGUUGGUCUCCUACAUGGCCAACAGGCAUAAAAUCCAGAACCACAUGUGUCAAAUUCAUCCCUGGUGCAAGCAGAUGUUAUUGCAAUGAAGUCAAAAGAGGUACACAGAGGAUGGAUUUAGCCACAUGCGUGCAGAUACAGCUGCCUUCCCCAUAGUACCCAACUCCCCACUGCUAGAAUUUAUUGCUUUCAAAACAGUUGGUCUUUUGGCUGUGUUAAUUGCAUAAUAUCCCUUGAAUAUUUUUCAAGGUAGGCAAAACACUUUCCCAGUGAAUAAAUCAGUUCUGGAUGCACCUUGGUGUGACACUUUUUGCCUACGAGCUUUCAGCUGUUACCCACUCCCGGCUGUGAACUGAUGUGAUCUAUCUCUGGCUUGCCUUUGCCAGAAAAAUGGACUUGACUAUUAAGCAUAGUAAAACUUUCACAUAUUUAACUACUAUGAUCCAGAAAUGGCCCUUGCACUUUUAAGGCAUAUGGAAACAUCCUCUCUGUCUUUCAAAAUGGAAAGAGUUCUUUGCAAGUGAAACGUCACGUGCGCACACACACCCACGUGUGGUCCUGGACUCCUGACCCCAAAUUCUUCCCGGAUCUUUCUGUGCCCGGCAGUGUCCUGUCUCCAUAGUGCCUGAUCAUUUGAGUACAGCGGGGCAGAGACUCAUGUUGAGAUGAAUUUAAAAAGCAUACAUUUUAAAAGACAGAUGAUUUUCCUGUUAUGCCAGCAUCUUCAAAUCCCCAUAUCAGCUGAUGGGUUUCCCUAACCUGACGACUUUCAAUCAGUUGUUGAAACAUUGGCUUUCUGUGUUUUGUUUUCUAAGGAGGGAAUGUGGGGUAGGGAGAAUAAUGAGGUGUUGUUUGUAACUUCACAGUCCUGAUAGUUGGUUUUUAUCUUCCAUAUUUUAUGCAAAAACAGACAUUAUAAGUCAAUAAAUAAUUGUGCCCUAGGUUGAAAGUUAAGUGUUCAGGAAAGGAAAAAAAUGGUUGGCAUUUUUCUACAUUUUUGUGAAGACUCUUUUGGAAAGGAAGGGUACAUAUUUUUGUUGUGUAGUAUUUUCUAUUUUUGAACGCAUUUUCUUGGUACAAGACUGUUUUGUGGAAUUUUUUUUUCUUUUUGGUGAACACAUUAUUUAAAAAAAAAAAAGAAAAGAAAGAAAAAACUAAUUGAAAAGUUUGCCCUUAAGGAUAUGCUGCAGUUUUGAGGUUUAACAUGAAAAAAACAUUCAAGACGCGUGUUAAAAGUUGGGGAAUUGUAUUGUUGGGAGUUUUUUUGUAAUUGUUACAAGAAGAAGUUUGUAGCCACUGCUGUUUAUUUUGUUUCAGAUGAGUAAGUAAAGGGAUUGUUCUUGUGUUAUUCUUUUUUAAAAAAAAUUAUUUAUGAAAUGUCACAAACACUGGACUGUGAGUUUGUAGGGAAGCAUUUUACCACCCUGUGUCUUCAUAGAGCUGUUGGUGAUCCUACUUCUCAUUACUCUGCCUUAUGAUCUCCUGAGCAACUUUGGAGGGGAUGGCAGGAGGGGGAGAGAGAAACUGAAUGCAUUUUUUACUUAGAGAGUUGGGGGAAAAUUAGGAAACAGUGUUUUGCAAUUUUAAAGCUGGACCAUCAACUCUACUCCUUCUCCCAACUACCACAGGAAUGAGAAAGGCUUUAUGGUACCUGGAUGUGGCAGUGUGCAAGGGGAAAGUGAUUAAGAGACAUGAUGCUCAUAAUGACCUCUGUAAAUGACAUCUGUUUCUCAGUCAACAACUCCCUUGGUUUGCCCUCAUCCCGCUAGUGGCUUUUGUGAACAACUCACCAACCCCACUGAAACCAUGGGCUUUGUUUGCAUUUUUCAUCAAGCCUUCUUGGGCACCCAUGCAGGGGGGAGUGACCAGCAGGGAGCACUAUUCUGUUUGAUCACUGGUCCAGAUUUGAGGAGGAGUAGAGGCUGAGAGUGACCAAAGAGGUGUGCCAUGUUCUUAAUAUUUGAAGAACAGGCUUCAAAGACUAAAGCAGUGCUCCAGGUGUUCAUGGGACUGGAGAAAAGGGAAAGAGGAAGACACCAACAGCCAUAACAGAAACUGGAGAUAGGUAACUGGGCUAUAUUUGAGACCAACCAGAUACUUUUCCUUCCUGGACAAUAAUGCAGCCAAAUCUUGAGACUGUCAAGCAGACAGAAAGCUGAAUGUGGCCUUCAUUUUUCCUGCCUUUCCUUUUUAUUCUCCCACUUCCUUUGCCCUGAGAUUUCUUCUCAGUGAGCCCCUGCUCCACUGAGCACUUUUUUGCCCUCCACCUAAACUGCCCUUGCCUUCAAAAUGUGAGUUUAGUCAGGACUGAGUAAAAUCAUGUGCCUUCUUUUUCCCCUUUUGUAAUUAUACCAGCCUCCUCCCCUUCCCCAGCUUACAAGUGUGAGAGACAACAGGAGGAGGCUCUUUAGAAGUGCUACCUGUCUAUAGGUGUCCAAUAAAACAGUAAGGUGGUGGUGAGAAGAAGGGGAGCUGGGAGCCAUGAGCUCCUUUCCCUUUCCACACGUAGCAGGUCUUCCCAAGGAGACACCCACCACCACCUCAUCAGACACUCCUCUCUCCUACAGUGCAGCCGUAGUGAGCAUGUGGUGGCUCUUCUCUCCCAUUUCAAUCCUAGCUUUGUGAAGCACUCACUUGAUUUCAAAUCAUGCCGUUUUCAAGCAGUCACAUUGACAAGACAAAUGCAGUUUGUGGCCUUAUCAAGAUGACUUAAACCACUAAAAGAAAAAAAGGCAACUCAUUUCCCUCCCAAGGUUUGUGUCACUUCUAAAAACCCAGUCCACCGCAGUUUAGACUCCUUUAAUCUCAGUCCAUUUUGAUGAUGGUGGCUAAAAUGACUAGCCUAGAACUUAAAUGCUGGACCAUCUAAUCUCAUGUUUUCUUUGCUAUUACCCCUACUGUCUGCUUGCUUUUCUCAUUUUCAACUAUACUCUGCUUAAUGAGGCAGCCUAGCCUUUGGUGAAAGGUAGAAGAGCCAGUAGGAUCCUGGCACAGGGAAGGUAGUUCAUGGACAUUUUAGCAAGAGUAGGAUAUAUUAGCUGCCACAGCAAAUGCACAUUAUGAUGGGCUAACUGCAGCGUUUUAGGGCAAAUGAACCACCCAGUUACUGGAACAUCACUUGUUCCCAGGUCAGAACCAUGGAGAGAAAAGAGCACAUUGGCACAAUGGAAAAGCGGCUCACAAUCCACAGCUGCUCAUGGGCGAAGACAGGGACCCAAAUGCCACCCAGCUUCUCUGCACACUUGCCCACUGCGCAGUCAGUGUCCCUGACUCCACAGAGGAGCCAAAUUUGCUGGAGAAGCUUUUCUGAUUGUAAGAGUCAGUGCAAAGCAGUCCCUGUGAGGUGUCUGUCUGUCUGGCAGGCAAGGCCAAGGGUGGGUGCUCACCUGUGCUGUUUUCCUGCAGAGCAGGAAGCUCCAUACAAGCUUUCCUGGAGCUUGCCCUUCUAGAAAUCCACUUCUAAAACCUGUAGCACCUGGGUGGUGGAAUGAAAAACCUCUCAAUUGCUUCCAUAAAUGAUCCAGUAAAUGUAAAUAUUCUGGGUGGACUAUUGGAAGUUUCUUUUUUAGGCUCAGCUCUAAAGCCUGGGAGGAGCAGCAUGGGAAUGGUGUUUUUAUUCCCCCUCUCCCAGUUAACAAGUCUGCAUGUGUGCACAUACAUCCAAGAGAAAGGGUGCAUUCCUACCCAUCUUUGGUGCUGAGGGACUUAAAACAUUUGUCCAAAGCUUACAUUUGACACAUUUAGAGAACAUAAGAAUAGACUCUUAGCACAUGCAAUAUUUCCCCCCACAAAAGGGAAGGGGGGAGGAGAACAAUGUGGGCAGUUGGGAUUGUUAGGGUUGGAUUAUUUUGCAUCUUUUGUAAAACUGUAAUUUUAACAGUGCCUUAUUCCUAAUAGAUGCUGGCACUUGGGACACACACACACAAUAAAAGACAGAACUAGGGAGUGUCAGAUGGGUACAUCCAUAAGACAGAGAUCAUUAAUCAUCAUAAAGGAAGCUGUAUUGGGAAUGACACAGCUGUGUCAGAAUUGGAAACAGUUCAAAUAUUCAACCACUAAAGCAAUUUCCCUUCCACCACCUCCUGCUUUCCCUCCUUGCCAAUGGUGCUGCCCAAGAAUAGCUGCCUACACCGAGGCCUGUCACUGCCCCAUUUGCUUUUGGCAUUGUCACGUCCAAGGAGUUUAGCAUGGUCAUGCUUUUCACUGCAAUCAUGUUUUCCAUGGGGUAUGUGAAUGCCAGUUAUUUUGCUUUAAAUGCACUUUAAAAAAAAAAAAAAAGAAAUCAAAUCAAAGCUCCAGACUGUUUCAAAUACAUAGGGGAAGACAGUGCAUAUGUGGUUGAACCCAGUUGACUUUAUCUCCAGUUCCAAUGUACUCCAUGCAGUGUGUAUGUAUAGAACAAUGUGUAUGCAUACAAACACAUGUCAACCUUAAAAAUCAGCAGACUAACCUUUCUCCUUAAGCUCAUGAAACCACAUGCUACACAAACACAGCAGCAGCAGAGGAAUUAUGGUUGGGCUCUUGAAACAGAUCACAAAAAAUAAAAACAAAUACUUGGUCCUUUCUGUACGUUCAAUAAUUACAGAAGGAAUUGGGUUGUAACCAGAAUAAAAAGGAACGGUGCUAAAUGAAUGAAUGGGCAAAAAAAAAAGAAAGAAAAACAAAAACUCAGCCCAAUAACACAGUUAGACUUUUAUGCUAAUUUACACAUUGGGUUGGUUAGGAUUUUUUUUUUGUUUGUUUAUAUGAAAAUAAAAUUGCAUCUAAACUAAACUACCACAAAGAUAACAACAAAACAACAAAGCAAGCAAACAAAAAUGCAUCCUGCCCUGAAGAAGCGCUUAUUUAUGGAGGAUGUUAGAAAUCUCAAAACUCUUGGCCUUGCUCUCACAUACCACAUGUUCAAUCAGUCCUUUUUUUAAAAUGUCUGAAACUGAAAAAAAAAAAAAGAAAAAAAAGGAAAAAAAAAAAAACUUUUUGAAGCACCUUAUGUGGCUUCCCAUUCCAGGAGUGGGAGCUGCCUUUUUUUCUUUGAGCACCUUACUGAUGUGUUAAUGCUAUCUGCUGUCUUUUUGUUCCCCGUGGGCCGAGUGGCUGCUGUGAGCACGGGCAGGGCCGGGGCCGGGGGUGCUGCCAUCCGCAUUCCCAUUGCUCGCAGUGCUGGCUGGGACCUGGGCGGAAAUUUCUCAGAUGGUCUUUGCUUUGUGGCGUGGAUGGGAGCUAAAUGGUGGAGGGGAGAGCACACGCUCUUGUGUGCGGAUGUAAAAGGUAAAAAUUGGACAUUUUCUUCACGAGGCCAAAGGAAUUCCCAGCAGACAACAGAUGCCGAGUGAAUGGGAAACUGCAGCCAGGUCUAAAUCCUAAAGUCUUUAUGCAGGCAACCAGUGACAGUGACCUCGGGCACUGUCCUGCCAAGGUGGAGACUUCAGGAUUUGGCUGCAGCUGGCCGAGGUCCCCACGCAGGACAUGGCUCUGCCCGUGUGAUGAGACAGCCACCCACCUGCACAGCCCUGCACGCACCGCUGUGCACACACACACACACCCACACACCCCACAGCUGUACAGGCAUCUCUCCAGAAACAUGGUUUGUGACAAUGUGAAGAGCAGGUCGAAAGUUUUGAGGGGUUAAGUUCCUUUUUUUUCUCUCAUUAUACUCUGUAAAUGGUAUGUCAGUUAUCAAAAACAAGCAAAUAGAAAAUUGUUUAAAAAAAAUUACCUUGCAUACGCCUUUUCUAUCAAGUGCUUUAAAAUAUAGAAUAAAUACACACAUCCUGCCAGUUUUUUCUUACAGUGAGAGUAUCCUUACCUGCCAUUUAAUAUUAGCCUCGUAUUUUUCUCACGUAUAUUUACCUGUGACUUGUAUUUGUUAUUUAAAACAGGAAAAAAAAAUAAAAAAAGAAAAUUAACUGUAGCGCUUCAUUAUACUAUAUUAUUAUUAUUAUUAUUGUGACAUUUUGGAAUACUGUGAAGUUUUAUCUCUUGCAUAUACUUUAUACGGAAGUAUUACGCCUUAAAAAAAUACGGAAAUAAAUUUUACAAGGUUUCUGUUUUGUGUGGAAGAGUAAUUGAUGUUGCUAAGAAUGAUGUUUGUUUUUUUGUUUUUGUUUUUUUUAAUGUUACCAGCACUUUUUUUGUAAGUUUCACUUUCUGAGGUAUUGUACAAGUUCACACUGUUUGUGAAGUUUGAAUAUGAAGGAAUAAUUAAAAAAAAAAGACAAAAGAA